UCACACAUAGAACAUGCGUGUCCUCUGUCCAAUCCCUUAAAUUCAAGUAAAUUCGAUUAUCGUUUUUCCGCCGGUAGCGUAUCUGACGAGGGCACACUCACCCGGAGAGAGUUGGGCAUCACUGAAAUCAAUCUUCAGAAACAUAGAAUUACCCAAACCAUGCCCGACGUUCCGCAUGAUCUGAUCCGGCGGAUCCAGAUCUCGACCAGAAAUGCAGCAGGACUAUCCGGAUUCGACCCCAAAGACCCGACACUUCCCGCCCUCCCGUCUCUCUCGGCGACCAUCGCAUCCCUUGAACCUUCCCCGCCAUAUCUACGCUGCAGCCACUGCAAAGGGGGGCUCCUAAGAGGCUUACAAUCUUUCAUUUGCGUCUACUGCGGCAAUCCCCACCAAACCGACGUCGCUCCCGACCCGAUUUGCUUUAAUUCCACCAUUGGGUAUCAGUGGUUGCUCCAGUAUCUCCAGCUCGAUGGAUCGGAACUGAUUGGACCGCUGAUAGAAAAAAGUGAGUCAAAUCGAGCACAGGGUUCUUCUAAGGGAGAAAUCCCCUUGUCUGAUUCCUUAAAUUAUAGAAUAACAUGGCCAGCUGAGUCACAGAAGCAAGACGCUAAUGUUUCAGACAAGAAGCUAGAACUGAGUGAACAAACUUUAAAUUUAACUGGAGUUGAUCUGGACAAUUUUUUUUCUGAAACAUACAGGGAUGUUUCUGAUAGAUCUCUUGAACGGCCAAUAUUAAGCAACGAGCUCAAGACCUCACAUUUAGAAGUUGCAGCUCCUGACAACCUAAAUUUAUUUCAGAAUGUUCUGCCAUCUGAUCCAGCUGUUAAUAUUGAUGCAUUUUCUGGAUGGGAGGCAGAGUUUCAGCCCACUGCUUCUGAAAACCAACAUGGUGGUUCCAAUACAUCUGACCUUUUUGUAACUUCUUCUGUGAAUUCUGAAAAGAAGUUCCAGGAUGCCAAAUCAUUUGACCCUUUGGUUUCCGAGGUCGAUCUUUCUGCCCACAUGGAAUCUUUGUUUGGACCUGGAACCAAUCUAAAUGAUGAAAAGUUGAAAGAUAAUUCAGCAGAGUCUCCUGCAUUUGGUGACUGGAAUUCAAAUGACCUGCAGAACAAUGUGAGCUCUAAUGAGUCCCAGCUAGCUGAGGGGUUCGAUGCCUCUUUCAGGGCUAAGGAUGAUAAUAUAUUAGAAAAUUCGAACUAUUCUUCUAAUAAUGUUGGCUUGUUUCAAGAUAAUCAAUUGAAAACCUACCAAAAGGAUGAACCUGAGAAUACCAUAGUAGGCAGAGAUGAUGAUUCAUUUGACGAGUGGGAUGAUUUUACAGGCUCAACUAGCACACAGGAUCCUUCUAAGAAUGCUUUGACCCAAAGUGAUAGUCAAGUUUUUGCUUCUCUUGGAAAGCCUUCAGAGAUAAACCUGUCGAGUUCAAACAGUAAAUUUGAAGAAAUGGAUUUUGGCAGCAUUUUACAACCUGAUCUCUUUUCUGGCUCACCAAGCAAUGCAAAUUUUUCUACAAAAACAAACACUAAAUUGCAAGAAUUUCCUGCUUCAGAGAGGUUAGUUGAUACCAGCGGGCAUUCUGAUGGUGCUGCAAAUAGUGAAGAGGUUUUUGGUAAAUCUGCCACGCGAAAUGAUGACGUCACAAUGUUGAUUUCUCAGAUGCAUGAUCUUUCCUUCAUGCUCAAGAGUGAUCUUUCUAUCCCCUCCAAAUCAGAUAGCCAUAAUGCAUCCCACCAAGAUUGAAAAGAUGUGUAUUUGUCAAGCUCUAAAUAUCUCGUACCUUAUUCUGGGUCCUUCAUUUUCAACACAUGGGGUAGCAAUUUCAGCAUAGUCCAGUGAGUGGGGAAAGAUAUCUUCCAUUGCAUAGCGAUAAAGAUCCUGGAUAAAGAGGGGAGUCUCAAUGCAGUUCUUGGAGCAGAUUAAUAAGUGGUUGAACAAUUUUUGCUCCAGACUGAUUUCAGUUUCUUGACAUUCAGUCUUCAGGUCAUGGACAAUGAUGGUAAAAGGUUGCAACGCCACUUCCAAACAGCUAUUUCCGCACGCAUGUUCUCAGGGGAUGAAUCCUGGUCUGAAGCAUUUAGGGACUACUUUUACGUAUUGCAUAUUCAGAACCUCAUUGGACUUCUCAACCUGCCGAGAAACUUUGAUUGGGAACUGCCUUCAAUUUCAGUUGGAGUCUUAAAACUUAAGUUUUGCCAGGAAGAAGUUUAGGCCAAUGCCAAUAAAUAGGGUACAUAAUGAUUUUAGUCCUUGUUUGGUUUGGAUAAAAGUUAUAUUUUCAGUAGAUUUUGAUAAAAGUUGGCGAAAUGUGUGGUUGAAAAGUUAAUAAAAAUUAUGCGCCCCAUGACACGAGUGGUUGAAAAUGAGAUUAGAAAAAAAAUGUUUUCAGAAAUGUCGAUCAAACAGGGCAUUGGCAUAAUUUUAUGUGCUAUCUUUUUAUUAUCUCUUUUUAAGUCUCAGCAGUCGAAAAAGAUUCCAUUACCCUUAUGAACGUGUUAUAUGCAUGUUUAAUAUUAAUGUGAGGAGUAAUGCUAUUCAUAAUUAGCAAAUAUACAUAUCCCUGAUUGUAUAUAUAAGCUCUCCUGUCGCGUUUGAA